AAAAACAAUCAUCCAGUUAAAAUUAAUUAUUGCGACUUCAUUUGCGCACAUCSCGUAUAGAAUUCGAAAUGAUACGCAAUCCAAAAUUCACUAUAUGACAAAAAAGUAAUAAAUACACUUGAAUAAACUAAUAGUGUUACAAGUAGAUGGUAUCAGAACCGUUCUAAUUAAGUAGAGCAAUCUCCAUUGUAAUUUCCUGAUAGACUUUUGAAUUAUCAUUUUGAAUUAAACAGUGUUAUUGUUCAUAAUGAMSGAACAGCGCAGACGGAGUCGGAAGUUUAUUGAUUAGCCAGGCAGUUUAAUUAACAUGAAAGGCAAUAGCCUGCUGGGCAAGAUGUUUGACUUUCGUAAAGCAGUUAAUUCUCGAGUAGAAUUAACUAUUCCAACGUGCUGACAAUGGAUACGGUAACACUGUGUUUCAUAGUUAUUAAUGGCGUGUCUGCUUUAUCUGAAAUCUUAACGAACAUCCCCAUAUUUGUAUCGAUUUGGAGAACUCCAAGACUCCACACACCAUCUUUCGUUUUAAUUUCAAGCCUUGCAGUUUCAGACUUCGGUGUAGGGCUGCUUGUWCAGCCGUUGUUCAUCGCGUUUCUCCUGAACCAGGACAACAUCAGCACAAAGAGAGCAUAUCAAGCUUUUGCGAUGUAUUUCCUUGGAUCUUCUAUCAUAACAAUGGCCGCCAUCGCAGUUGACCGUUGUUCCGCCAUAUUAUUGCAUAUGAGGUACCAGGAGAUCGUUACAACUAAAAGGGCAAUCAUUCUGACGAUUUUUUCUUGGUCUUUGAACACACUGCUUCUCACAUUAUUCGCUUUUGUAAGCUGGAAGAAUUUCCAAYUUAUCGUUGCURCAUUUACAUCUCUGUGCAUCAUAAUAGUGGCGAUUUGCUAUUACAACAUCUUUCACGUCGUCCGCAGGCAUCGCCGAGAAAUCGAAAACCAGAGAAACGCGAUAAACGCACCUGUAACUCAACACGGGAGAUCGCUCACUACGAUGUUCUAUUUACAUGGAUUUUACGCCMUGUCAAUCAUUCCAAUGGCUGUCUACCUGGUGUAUGGUUUAAUACGAAAGCACUAUAUCAGUUCCAUAUGGCGUGCUACUGUUACUUGCGCACUUYUGAACUCUACUCUAAAUCCUUAUUUGGGUGUCUGGCGGAUGAAAGAACUACGAAAGGCAGUUAAAAAGAUAUUGAGAGGACAAUGAAAUGUCAUUAUAGAUAUUGAUAGAACUAUUGUAUAAUAACCGCGAACGCCGAGACGCUGAGGCCGAGUGACGAGCUUGUUGUGCAUACGCGAAUGCACAAAAAAUGUUGAUGUUGAAAGACAGAAUUAUAGGGGUCAUUAGACAAGCUAUUUUCACUUUGUAAACUGGCUUUACCUAGUCUAUGCUACAUCUGUUUUCAUCUUUCCAAAUACUAUCAACAGCAUUUUUUCAGCAAUGAUAUGAAUCUAUAGAUCAUCUGUGGCGACCAAARAUAUUCACUCGUUAUGCAUGCAUCAGAUCGAUAAGAAUCAAUCGAUCCAUCGAUUAAGCAUCCAAUUUGAGGACACCGAGAUAUUACGGGCAGGCCGUUACUACGGACACUUAUCCAGGUAUCCAUAAAACAAAUUACCAAGAAGAAAGCCCUUUACAACAUUCACUCUCUAGAAGAGWAAUUUCUCGCCUUGCAGACACCCAGAUAUUACGAGCAGUCCGUUACUACGGACACUUGUAUCCAUGAUCCAAAGAAAUUACUCUGAAAAAAAUCCCUUUACAGCAGUCACUCACUACAGUCAUUUCUUGCCAUGAAGACACCCAUGUAUCACGGUCAGUCCGGACACUUCUACCCAUGUUCCAAAGAAAUUACUGACAAGAACACAGGAGACGGUCUAAUUUCAGUCUAAUUUUCGGAAGCCGUACCUCGAUAUUACGGGCACACCGUUACUGCAGACACGUACUAAACCCUUUAAGAAAUUGCAGAAAAAUACGCUUCCGUUAAUCACAUCAGAAAAUCGCCCUUUUAGGACAACUGUUUCCUUUAACUUAGACAGUUUAUUAAAAAAAUAAUGUCUAAUGGCGUCGAACUACUGACAUUCAAGAUCCGUUUGGAGUUCAUCAAACGAUUCCAAACGUCGACCUUUUCAACAAUUGUUUCCUUUUASCUUCCACUGACACCUAUCAUAUUUUGUCUAGCGCCAUAGCCGUGGCGGUGGCAGCCCAACAAAGUCAACUGGCAAAAUUUACAAAGAAAAUCCAGCAACUUCCUCAGAGGCCGUUUUCGACAACAAUCCGUUAAGUGUUUCGUUCGUUUUGUUCAGUGUAAAAAAAAUGUUCAAACCACAAAACAGCAUUGAAUGCUGGAGAGGACUUAGYGGUAAAAGUACAAGCUUUUUGCUGAUUACCUUUCUGUUUUUCCUCAUUUUUGCGAAAUAUAGCAAAGCUACAUAGUUCAUUCCUCAGAAGAAAAGCUAGAAAAGGUCUGCUCAUACAUUUUUGAGAAAAAAGGAAAACAAAAAGCGAACAUAAAAACAAUACAUCGUGAUUAUGAUCAAUACUUAACAUGAGCCUGAUAAUUGUAAAAAAGUCAAAAAAGAAAAAUAUCAUAAUUUAGACCAGCAGAGACAGUCGAACUGCUGUGGAAAGGCCCACUAUUUACAUGUAAACCUACCCUCCUUAAGCAGUCAUCGUAGAAUUCCCCCAAAAGUCGAUUUUCACAUAUAAAUUUACAGUAAAC